AUGCCUCGAGGGAGAAAGGCUGCUCUACAGACGACGAGAAUCAAACGGACGCGUCCUCGGCCUGUUCGAACGGUGAUCACGAAAGGAAAUCUGGUGGAGCUCUUCGAUUCGCUCAUGGAUGGAGAUGAGUCUAUCCAGCAGUCGUACAACUUCUCCGUCUGCGUUGACACGCCGUCCCGGAAACAAGCACGUGGGCUUGAUGCCAUUUUCGAAGAGGAGCUUUCACAAGAUGAGACUGGCGAUAUUUCGAACGCUUCGCAACACUCGGUCAAGAAGAACCAGUAUAUGACGCAACUGCAAGAGUUAAACGAUCAGUAUGACGACGAGUCGGAUUUCUCGCUUCUGAUCGAGUCAGAAAACGGCAUUCGGAUGCAAAUAAUAAAUGGGAAAUUAAAGCCGCAUCCCAGGCAAACAAAAAGCCGUACGCCCGAAAAAGUAGAGCCUUUCAAGCAACUCGAUCAGAAUCGACCGAUGCCACCUCCGAAAGUGAAGAAAAACGAAACCAAACAGGAGAUGCAAGCAAUACCACCGACACCCAUACCCGAAAGUGCCCUCAGAGCGCGUCUCAGACAAAGUUUGGCCUUCCCGGAUCGAAUGGCGAUUACAAAAAGGCAAAUCAGAGAAACACACGAAGCAAGAAUGAGUGCUCGACCUUCGAUUGCGCCAAGGAUGGGCCCAUUUUCCAUUCGCGAUAUCAUCGAUAAACGACUUCAACUUGCAGACGAAUUUGGAAAAGCUCCGAUAACGCCACCACAACGGCAAACUUUGAGUCCUCAGCCUAUGCGGCCAUCGAUGGCAUCAUUAAAAGAGGAUGACUUAAGCAACAUUCUGACUGCAAAAAAGACU